AUGUCAGUGCGACUUGUUGAACCAUCGCUUGUGCGCGCGAGGUCUGUCGCCUCCCGGGGCCGACCGGCUUUCUUGGACAGGAUCGAGGACGAUCGCUUCUCCCGUGUUCGAUCUCACUCCCAGUCGCUCGUCCAUGUCGACCACAAAGGCCGUACACUUCGCGACAUCGACGAAGAGAUCCGCGCCCUCGAAGCACAACGCGAGCGCGAGCGCGAAGCUGAGAUCUACGAGCGCAAAGCCUUCCGUGACGAACAGAGAGCGGCCGAGGAGUAUCGUCUUGCCUCACGACUACGGGAGCCUCCACUCCACGACGCGUAUGAGCUCCGCGAGCGUAGCAGAAGCAGGUUCCGAGCGAACGAUGUCGAUGUGUAUGACAACUCCUUGACAAGGAGGAGUGGGAGCUGUCAUAGGGAUGAGCUGGUUGUUUAUGAUCGGUAUGGACAUCCGACGUAUUAUAAGAAGGAGAAGAGUCCACCGAGGAAUGUUGUGAGGGUGGAGAAGGAUCGCAAGGGGAGGAUGUCGCUGGUUAGGUCUGCGCGAUGA